AUGUGCUAUUACCAGCCGGGGAUCGGCAACGACAUCCGAACAGGGUUCGGGGAAUUCCACGACGGCGGCUGGUUCUGCUCCUCCGUCGAGAACGUCAAGUCCGAUCUUGACGAACUCGUGGCCUUCACCGUCGAUUAUCACGUGAUCGAGGCAUACACGUAUCUGAUGCGGUACUAUGUGGACGGCGACCAGGUCUACUUGUUUGGGUUCAGUCGCGGGUCUUUCAUUGCCAGGAUACUGGCUGGGAUGAUCGAGCGCAUUGGGCUGCUGAACCAGGGGUUGGAAGUGAUGGUUAGCACUGCCUGGGAAAUCUACAAAAAAUGGGAGCAGCAUGGCCAACCGAUCGGUCGAGAAUGGACGAAUUCCAGCGCCAGUGUUUUCAAGAAGACGUUUUGUCGGGAGAAGGUGAUCAUCAAGUUUAUGGGACUGUGGGAUUCCGUCAACUCGUGCGGGAUCUUUCGAGAUAGGCUGUUUCCGUUCACCUCUAUUUCGCACCAUGUUGAACAUAUAAGACAUGCGGUAAGCAUAGACGAGCGAAGAGCAAAGUUCAAGCAGAACCUGUUCAUUCCUCAUUCCUACCUGCCGUCAUUGUUCAACCUUCAAUGCAUUGACCAGGACGACCAGGAUUCCAGCAUUGACUCAGAUUCGGCCCGCGAGCUUGAGCACUUAUUGCAUCUAGAGCCAGACUACGUUAAUAGAACCCACGCUUAUGCCAAUCGACCAGUCCCCACGUCUAACGACCUGGUCGAACUGUGGUUUCCUGGCGACCAUAGCGAUGUGGGUGGUGGAUGGGCCAACGAUAUUGACGGCCAUUCCAUAUCAAAUCUGUCGUUUCGGUGGAUUUUGUCAUCUGCAAUUGAGAUGGGCGUGUUGUUCAAGAAAAAUGCUGUGUAUGAGUUUGCAACCAAAUUCACUAGCUUGGAUAGUUUACUGUCGUGCAACCACGAUUGUCUACAAUUGAUAAGACAUAGCUCGAAACUCCAUGAUGAGUCAAGAGGCAUCACAAUACAGCAUUCAGUUGCUUCAUACAGAAACUCAUUUAGCUCCAACAUGGCAGCUACUGGACAGAAUGAGGAUCUUUUCCACCAGCCAGAUAAGAAUGUGCUGCAGGCCCCUUCGCACCGUGUUUACAGAUUUGACGGGCGAGGAACUGAUACCGUUCAAAAGUGUCUUUUUUGGUGGAUGGUGGAAGUCCUGCCCGUCGGGUAUUUCAUUGAAAACAAGAACGGGAAAUGGAGAAGAAUUUACUAUCCGAAUCUGGGACGUACGAGGAACCUUCCCCGAAAUGCGAAGCUUCAUUGGACCGCUUUAUGGCGGACCAGGUUCGUCGGAGACUACGAGCCGAAAAAUAUCCCUGAAAUUUACAGGCCGUUGUUCGACCAGGUCAAGGCGGAGAACGAGGGCCGAAGUGAGAACGAAGACGAAGAUUUGUGCGACUGUCAAGUUGUCACGAACGAGAAUUUGAUUGACCGCGCAACAGGCGAGAUCAAGCAAGACUGUCUGGUUUGCGAACACGAUAGAAAAACUCGGAUAGAUAUACGCUGGGACGAGAUUCCAGACGAUCUUUCCAAGUGGCUGGAGAAAGACUCCGGUUUAUAG